UGCAAAUGCCACCCAUUGUCUUCUUCCUUACAGACCUUUCACCUCCUUCAAUAGUUACUCUUAGCCACCUGUACCCACUUGUACGUCUCUUCACCAUUGGAUUUCUUUCUUCUUCGUUAUUCUCUCUCUAUAUAUACAUCUGCCUUGUUCUUUGUCCAGUUCAUGUUGAUGUUGAUGUUGAUUGGCUGUUUUUCUAUUUAAUGUCAUUCUCCUGACACCCACCAAAGCGCCUUGAUUUUGGAGUGUGGUGAAGGUCUGUAAUGGUGUUUUGAGGGCAUCUUUUCGGCUGAGGGAUCGAGGGUUUUCCAAUUUCUUUUUCUGGGUGGAGAGUGAAAUCUAAAGGAAAUUCAAGAUGGAUGAGAAGUCGAUUGCCCUCGACGAGGCUAUAAACAAGGAAGCUGUUGAUCUGGAGAAUAUACCCCUUGAAGAAGUUUUUGAACAUCUUAAAUGUACUAGAGAGGGUCUCAGCCAUGAAGCGUUUCAACAACGGUUGGAUCUGUUUGGGUACAAUAAACUUGAAGAAAUAAAGGAAAACAAAAUACUGAAGUUUUUGGGAUUUAUGUGGAAUCCUCUGUCAUGGGUCAUGGAAGCAGCAGCUGUAAUGGCUAUUGCUCUUGCACAUGGAGGAGGCAAGCCUACAGAUUAUCAUGAUUUUGUUGGGAUCAUCAUCUUACUUAUUGUCAAUUCUACAAUCAGUUUCGUAGAGGAAAACAAUGCAGGAAAUGCAGCAGCUGCUCUUAUGGCUCGGUUGGCCCCAAAAGCAAAGGUCUUACGUGAUGGGAAAUGGAGUGAGGAAGAUGCAGCAGUGUUGGUUCCUGGAGACAUAAUCAGUAUCAAACUUGGGGACAUCAUUCCUGCAGAUGCACGUCUUCUUGAAGGAGAUCCCCUAAAGAUUGAUCAGUCUGCCCUAACUGGAGAAUCGCUUCCUGUAACCAAGAAUCCUGGUGAUGGAGUCUACUCAGGUUCAACAUGUAAGCAAGGUGAAAUUGAAGCAGUAGUUAUUGCAACUGGAGUUCAUACUUUCUUUGGGAAGGCAGCCCACCUUGUGGAAACCACUACACAUGUUGGCCAUUUUCAAAAGGUUUUAACAGCAAUCGGAAACUUCUGCAUUUGCUCAAUUGCUUUUGGGAUGGCUAUUGAAAUCGUAGUGAUAUAUGGGCUUCAGGAGAGGGAAUAUCGUGUUGGUAUCGAUAACCUGCUUGUUCUACUGAUUGGUGGGAUCCCAAUUGCAAUGCCAACUGUUCUUUCUGUUACAAUGGCUAUAGGUUCUCAUCGGUUAUCUCAGCAGGGUGCUAUAACGAAGCGAAUGACUGCCAUUGAGGAAAUGGCUGGAAUGGAUGUGCUAUGCAGUGACAAAACAGGCACCUUGACACUUAACAAACUCACUGUGGACAAGAAUAUGAUCGAGGUUUUUGCCAAAGGGGUUGACAAGGAUAUGGUUGUACUCAUGGCUGCAAGGGCAUCAAGAUUAGAAAACCAAGAUGCCAUUGAUGCCGCAAUUGUUUCAAUGUUAGCAGACCCUAAAGAGGCACGAGCUGGGAUAACGGAAAUUCACUUCCUCCCAUUCAAUCCAACCGAUAAAAGGACGGCGCUUACAUACAUAGAUGGUGCUGGUAAAAUGCAUAGAGUGAGCAAAGGUGCACCAGAGCAGAUUCUCAAUCUAGCUCAUAACAAAUCAGAAAUUGAGAGGAAGGUACAUUCAAUAAUUGACAAGUUUGCAGAACGUGGCCUUCGAUCCCUAGGUGUUGCCCGCCAGGAAGUACCUGCUGGAAACAAAGAGAGUUCUGGUGCCCCAUGGGAAUUUGUUGGUCUCCUCCCUCUCUUUGAUCCUCCUCGCCAUGAUAGUGCUGAAACAAUAAGAAGAGCACUUGAUCUUGGAGUUAGUGUCAAAAUGAUCACAGGUGACCAACUGGCAAUUGGUAAGGAAACAGGAAGACGACUUGGAAUGGGCACAAACAUGUAUCCCUCUUCAUCUUUGCUUGGUGAAAAUAAGGAUGAGGCAGUUUCAGCUCUACCAAUUGAUGACCUCAUUGAGAAAGCUGAUGGUUUUGCUGGGGUUUUUCCUGAACAUAAAUAUGAGAUUGUAAAGAGAUUACAAGCAAGAAAUCACAUCUGUGGAAUGACUGGGGAUGGAGUAAAUGAUGCACCUGCAUUAAAGAAAGCUGAUAUAGGAAUUGCUGUAGCAGAUUCCACUGAUGCUGCUCGUGGUGCUUCUGAUAUAGUUCUAACAGAGCCUGGUUUGAGUGUCAUCAUCAGUGCCGUCUUAACAAGCCGCGCAAUCUUCCAGCGGAUGAAAAACUACACGAUAUAUGCUGUCUCUAUUACCAUACGUAUUGUGCUAGGUUUUAUGUUGCUGACUUGCUUCUGGGAAUUUGACUUCCCUCCUUUUAUGGUUCUCGUCAUUGCCAUUCUUAAUGAUGGUACCAUAAUGACAAUAUCCAAAGACAGGGUCAAGCCUUCUCCACUUCCUGAUAGUUGGAAGCUCACUGAAAUUUUUACAACUGGGGUUGUUCUUGGAGCUUACCUGGCCCUAAUGACAGUUUUUUUCUUCUAUGUAACCUAUGAAACUAACUUCUUUACGAAACGUUUCGAUGUACCUGACUUCAAUCAGCACCACUUUAACAUGACAAAUGAAACCAUAGCUAUUGAGCUUAAAGAACAGUUGGCAUCUGCUGUUUAUCUUCAAGUCAGCACCAUCAGCCAGGCCUUGAUAUUUGUCACUCGCUCUAGGAACUGGUCAUUCACAGAACGACCUGGACUUCUGCUCGUAACAGCCUUUAUUAUUGCUCAACUGAUUGCUACUGUGAUAUCUGCUACUGCAACCUGGAAAUUUGCGGGAAUUAGAAAGAUUGGGUGGGGUUGGACUGCUAUCAUUUGGGUGUAUAAUAUUCUGACUUACCUUUUGCUUGAUCCAAUCAAGUUUGCUGUCCGGUAUGCCCUCAGCGGACGAGCCUGGGGUCUGGUGGUAAACCAAAGGACCGCAUUCACAAACCAGAAGGACUUUGGCAAGGAAGCCCGUGAGGCUAAAUGGGCUGCUGAGCAGCGAACGCUGCAUGGCCUACAGUCUGCUGAGAUGGCAAGCAUGUUCUCGCAGCGCGGCACUUUUAGGGACAUUAACCUUAUGGCAGAAGAAGCAAGAAGGAGGGCUGAAAUCUCAAGGUUGAGAGAGCUUCGCACUCUGAAAGGAAGGGUUGAGUCCUUUGCCAAGCUGAGGGGUCUAGACAUUGAUUCCAACAUCAAUCCGCACUACACUGUCUAAGUGUUGCUGUGACUGCAAUUCUCAUUUCUUUUCCUUUCCAUUUUCUCCUUGUUCAUGGUUUUGUUAGUAACUUGAAGUCGAAAAUGGUUGGAUUUUGUAUGACUUUGAUCAUCCACAUGGCCCGUUUAUUCAAUAAAUCAUCAAUA